AUGGAGAUGCUUCCAUCGAAUGAAAUCGUCAUAUCACCGUGCACAGAUGAUCACGACGACUCAUCUAUGUUGCAGUCGACGUCGUCGUCAAGUCCACGAUUACCAUCACAAGCCACUUCACCCUCGGAAUCUGCGGGUCGUCCAUGGUAUCAUGGCGAGAUUUCGCAGGCGGAGGCGGAAGUGCUUCUUGAUGUUGCCCAACCCGGUCGAUUUCUUGUACGCAAAGCUGGCCCGACCAGAUACUUCUUGUCAUGUGUGACAGACAACCAUUUACUACUACAUUUGCCAAUUCACCAGCUGGGCCGUUUCUUCUAUUUGAAUGCUGGAAAAUUCACGACACUCGCUGAAGCAGUUCGGCAUCACUGUGAGAUGGUAGAUACGGCUGAACCAGUGCAAGCACCGUUCUCGACCUCAACUUCGUCUACUGUGACGACUCCUCAUAAUACCCACAUGCACCGGUUCCUAUCACUUUCAAAAUGCGAGGAUUUGGCUGACAAUGAUGAGUUGAGUAUAUCGAGAGGUGAUGUGAUAACACAAUUGCGUGUUCUGGAGAACAGCUUCAUUUUAGCAAAGAACGAAAAUACGGGUCAAACGGGUUAUUUAUCCACGAAAGCUGUGGUACCUAUUCUGUCGGAAUCGUUGUGUGUCAAGGAUUUGCCAUAUUUUCAUCCAGUCUUGACAACGGAUGCUUUAAGGAUGUUGACAUGUGUAGGUGCUGGAGCGUUUCUUGUGCGAACAUCUAGUCAAGGUCCUGAUGCGUUUGCAUUGUUGGUGAACACACGGAACAAAAUCGAGAAGUUUCUUAUCCGUGGCGCACCGGAAGGCACAGAAGGCUUCCUUCUGGCUGGCCGGCAUUUCCCGUCUCUGCAGCAUAUUAUAGACAGAUACUGUGUGCAUCCAAUAGCUAGCGACGUUCGCCUGACGCAUGCUAUCCUGCCAUCCCAAUCAUCUUCACAUCAUCCAAGUGAGGACCAUGAAGCUAAUGUUGAAUCGUCAACGAUGAGUAACUCCGACUGGUCGCCUAAUAUUACAUCAAUUGAAGCGACAGCCGACUAUGUGAACCAUAAUUGCGCAUCGCAUACUGUUGCAACAGUACAGGCUCUGAGAAAAUCUCGAGAAGAAAAAGCCUGGAAGCAAUGUUGGCUGACGUUAUGUGAUGAUCCGAAUGGUGGAUGUGAACUGCUCAUUGCAGAUACUGAAAUGAGCGUUAAAGCACGUCUAGUUCUUGAUUUGGCAUAUUGCGUGAUGUAUCUACUUGACGAUUCCGUUUUUUCGCGUGAGGGUUGUGUGUUUUUCUCGCAGACAGACAUAGAUCUACCCGGCGUGUAUCUUUGUUUUCGUCCAACACAUGUACUCAUAAAAUGGCUUGAGUUGUUGAGACCAAGAGUUUUGGGCCUUCGAACGGGCGCUGUUCCAGUCAUGAUUGGUCUACAAUUCGAACCGCCAAAACAGUCCUUCGUAGCAGUAUUACAGCUUCAUAUCGACAAGUACAGAUCCGAAUCACUAAAACCUGAUGGUUUCUAUUCUGCAUACGGUAUGAUAUGUGGAAUAAAGGUGUGUAGUACCCCUGUGAUUGUAGCGUCACCUGGAAAAGGUGCUCUACCAUCAGUUAUAUUUGACUGCUCCUUCUUGUUACCAUUAGUUCCUCCUGAAAACGGGACGUUGCAAUUCUCAGUGUUGUCACAUCCUGGUGGCGGCAAGAAGAGCCGUCCACUCGGAGUAUCAGCUCUAUUCUCGCUGCCUGAUUCAAGAUCUCAUUCUGAUGCUCCAGAGUCUGGAUUCACCUUUCGUGCUGUGCGAUAUAGAAUAAGGGUGCUAGCCCCGGAACAAUACACGCCUUUGGUAGAGUACUUGAAAGAGGGAGAUGCUGAUCUCCUCGAAUGGGCGUCCGAUGCGUUGUCCAUACAACAACGGUCGCUGUUGUGUUGGUCGAUCGUCUCACUCUUGUUGCCGAGUCCGGAUGAUCUACUGCAUUUGAUAAGUCGUCUGAUGCGUCGAGUGUUGGCAACAUCUUCAGCUGACAGCGUUAUGCGACAGGACUCUCUAAUCACAACAUUGCUCACUCAAGCUCUCCGCAUAGCUGGUCGAUCACGUCUUGAAGAUGCUCUCGAACUGCUGGGAGUUUCCGGUGUGAAGGUGUUUCAGCAAGCUGAUGUUGAUCACGUGAUUGAUCUGUUGGACAAACUAGUUACACCUGAUUCGCUAUUGAACGAAUUACUUGUCUGUGUAGCCAAAGUAGCUGGUGAACGGUUCCCUGACGAGCCUCAUCUCGUGCGGAGAGUGUUGAGUAACAUCUACAUUCUUCGAUUCGCCAAUCCACUGUUAAUAGCUUUUUUGAAUGGGAAUCCAAUGAAUCAACAGUUAGCAAAAGGCGUUCAAGCAGCUGCCAAUGUAGCGGCUUCAGCAGCUCCACGAGUGGAAGAUGUUACCGCUGGAUCUCAAUGUUUGCGUUCGCUCUUCGAACGGAUCAGAACUGCCGAAACUAAGCAGCCAGCAAAAUCUGGCAAUCCCAACAAUGCCGAACCUCGAUGCUGUGAUUGGAUGGCGAUGAUCUGUCAUUUGUUGCACCUAGCAGUAACAUCACGAGAAGGAAUUCCGCAAGUUGACCCAAAUCUUCUUCAACUCAUACAUGCUCACAAAUCGUCGUUCUCCUAG